CCAAUUCCCAACACCACCCGCACCGAUCCACCCUACGAAAAAGCACGCGCCCCCUACGCCGCCUCCUACUACCUUCCCCUUGCAUUAAAACGCAACCCACUCUCCACCUCCACGUCUCCCCCCGCACGCCAUCGCCAUGGACGUCUCCUCCCUCGCCGCCGCGGCCCCCUCCCUCGUCGCGCCACCCCUCCACCACAAGCCCCACCUCGCCUUCCCUCCACACCAUCCCUCCCCCGCCCGCGGCUCCAUCGGCGUCCGUUGCGCCCACUCGCCCUCGCCCCAUCCCUUACGGCCCUCCGCCGCCACCGCCGACGAGGAGGUCUCCUUGCCCCCGAGCCUCCGCGUAAGCCGGCUCGCCGAGGAGUUCCGCGUGUCCCCGGACGCCGCCGACCGCGCGCGCCGCCUCCUAGCCCGUGCGGCCGCGCUCCCGCGGCUCGGGGAGGCCGACCGCGUCGCGGCCAACCGCGUCAUGGGGUGCGUCGCGCAGGUGUGGCUCGUGGGGCGGUGCGACGGGGCGGGGCGGAUGAGGUUCGCGGCCGACUCCGACUCGGAGCUCUCCCGCGGGUACUGCGCCUGCCUCGUCUCCGCGCUCGACGGGGCGCGCCCGGAGGAGGUGCUCGACGUGGACCCGGCCGACCUCGCGCCGCUCGGUGGGGCCGCCGCGGGGACGGGGGCGCGGUCCAGGGCCAGCACCUGGCACAACGUGCUCAUUGGCAUGCAGAAGCGUGCGCGGGCGGCCAUCGCGGCGCGUGAGGGCAGGCCUGCUGGGGAGCCGUUCCCGUCGCUUAUCAUCGGCCGCGACGGCGCCAUCCGCGCUCAAGGCACCUACGCUGAAGCCCAGGCAAUGUUCUUGUCUCCUAAUGAAUCCAAGACUUCAGAGCUUGUAAAAUCCCUUAGGGAGAAAAAAAUAGGGAUUGUCGCACACUUUUAUAUGGAUCCGGAGGUGCAAGGCAUAUUAACUGCUUCAAAGAAGCAUUGGCCUCACAUCCACAUUUCUGAUUCAUUGGUAAUGGCAGAUAGUGCAGUGAAGAUGGCUGAAGCAGGAUGCGAAUAUAUCACUGUCUUAGGUGUUGAUUUUAUGUCAGAAAAUGUUCGUGCAAUACUUGAUCAAGCUGGAUAUAGCAAGGUUGGUGUUUAUAGAAUGUCAAGUGAUCAAAUUGGCUGUUCAUUGGCAGACGCUGCUUCAAGUUCUGCAUAUACACAUUUUUUGAAAGAAGCAUCAAGAUCUCCUCCUUCUUUACAUGUUAUUUAUAUCAAUACUUCUUUGGAAACAAAAGCUCAUGCUCAUGAACUUGUACCUACAAUAACAUGCACUUCUUCAAACGUUGUAGCAACUAUAUUACAGGCAUUUGCCCAAAUACCAGGUCUUAAUGUCUGGUAUGGCCCGGAUUCUUAUAUGGGUGCAAACAUUGCGGAUCUAUUUCAGAGAAUGGCUGUCAUGUCAGAUGAGGAAAUUGCAGAAGUACAUCCAAGUCACAACAAAAAAUCUAUAAAUGCCUUGUUGCCACGCCUACAUUACUACCAGGAUGGUAACUGUAUUGUUCAUGAUAUGUUUGGCCAUGAAGUUGUGGACAAAAUAAAGGAGCAGUAUUGUGAUGCAUUCCUCACAGCACACUUUGAGGUCCCAGGAGAAAUGUUUUCCUUGUCAAUGGAAGCAAAGACGAGGGGAAUGGGAGUGGUUGGAUCUACUCAGAACAUCUUAGAUUUCAUUAAAAACCAUUUGAUGGAAGCUUUGGAUAGGAACAUCGAUGAUCAUCUUCAGUUUGUGUUAGGAACAGAAUCCGGAAUGAUCACUUCUAUUGUUGCUGCUGUCCGUGAAUUAUUUGAUUCCUAUAAAACUUCUCAACAAAGUGCCAAUAUUGAAGUUGAAAUCGUGUUCCCAGUUUCUUCAGAUGCUGUUUCUAAUACAUCUGUCAAUGGUUCCCACCAUCUUGAUUCUUCAACAGUUACUGAUUUAGACAAUGUUAGUGUUGUUCCUGGUGUGAGUUCUGGCGAAGGUUGCUCUAUACAUGGGGGCUGCGCUUCAUGCCCAUACAUGAAGAUGAAUUCUUUAAGAUCACUGCUUAAAGUAUGCCAUCAGCUUCCUGACAGAGAUAACAGAUUAGUUGCCUAUCAGGCUAGCCGAUUCAAUGCUAAGACUCCUCUGGGAAAAUUGGUUGCAGAGGUUGGGUGUGAGCCCAUUUUGCAUAUGCGACAUUUCCAGGCAACAAAGAGAUUACCAGACAAGCUCGUGCACCAUGUUAUCCAUGGUAAAGGAGAACCUACAUCAUAGAUGUUCCUGGAGCUCUAUUAAUUUCGUCCACCUGGUUACGGAAAACACCACAGUUACCCCGACUGAAUGCAACCUUCAGCUCAAGAGUGCAACUACCAACUUUGUGGCCGAUGAUGAGAUAUCCCUGUUCAUGGCUUUGCUACUGGUGGAAAAAAGGGAAACCAGAAUUUGCAAGGUUAGAUAACAUUGAGCUGAAAAUUGGCGGAUAUGUGUAAGUGCUAGAGUACACUUGCGAUGUACAACAAUUUUGACAUUUUGUGUGUUGCAUGAGACCGAUAGUAAAAACAGCACCGGUAUGUAACCGAAACCAGUAGUGUUUGGAGCCUCGGAGCUGGACUGCGGUGGUUUGAAAAGGUGAAAGUUGAUUAAAAGUACACUCGAAACACUUAGUGAACUUUUUUUUAGACAUCAGUUAA